AUGACCCGCCGAGGCCCCAAGACUUCGACGCAAGUUCACCGCGACACUAAAGCAACAAGCGCUAACUCUGAAGUAAUGCCACACCGCCAUCACAUAUUGCGUCGAUCAUCGGGCUUCAUGUUGGCGCGCAAGUACCGCAACCCAUGGCCAACCGAGAAUGACUUUGGGCGUGAGUACAGCAGCCAUUUUAUGACAGGCAAUGAGCGCUCAAGUUCCGCUGCGCAGAACAUUUCCUCGGGCUCUACGAGUAGCACCAAUAGUGUACCAGGAGUUACCGGCUCAAAAAGUUACACACGCGAGGAGCUAAUCAAUUUUUGGAGGGAACUUGCACUUGUCACCAAACGAAGGUUGUUGCGAAUUCGCCGUGAAUCGUAUUUGACGGCGCUAGAUCAAUUUCUUGUCGGUCAGAAUUUGUGCUGCGAGUGUCAUGAUAACGUUGUUGCAGAGUGGGAAGACCAUGAGCGGAAGCGCUCGGGAAGUCGCUCGCUGCAGGACGUUUUUAGCGUCUUUCCGCCAUUCUUGAAUGAUGAAGAAAAUGAUGAUGAUGACGAUGACGAAGGUGACGAUGAGGCAGAUUUAGGAGAUGAGUCAGAGGAAGAGGACAUGGUGUUAGAAGAGGAAUUGGUGUUUAAAUAUGAGCUUGAACGUGAAGAACGACACGGUACUACUGGUAAGAGCAGUAUGGUGUCGGAUGAGUACUUAGCAGCACUUGAAGUUGGUAAGCGACAGGAAGAUGAAUUGAUGCGGCUAAUUCAAAGAGAAGAACGCUUUAUUAUUAUUCGGGAAGAUCACACGGAUUUUAUUAUAGAUCUGAUUCGCUGUGGUGAGCAAUUCAGCUAUGUCUCACCUUAUCGAUCCGGUUUUGAUGAUGAAGACAGCAUAAACAGCGACGAUAACGACGAUGUUGAUGACACAUGUCCUGGUGCAAACACUCCGCAUUUGGCUCAGGAAUAUUUACUAGAAGUGCUUGCCAUCAAAUUUAGAGAACAGCUAGAAGACGCUUAUCAAGAGGCAUUGCAACACUCGCUUGCCGUUCAGGCCGAAUUGCUUCGUGAUGAGCUCGCAGAUCUUAACGCGAGUCAGAAAUCCUCCUCCACAAGCCGAAAAAAGAAAGGAAAAAAGGAAAAGAAACGACGCAAAAAAGAGGCCGCCAUCUCGAAAGCGGUAGAGAAAGAAAACCCUCGAGAAACAACCUCUCAGUCGCAAAUUUCAGUAUCCCCCACGUAUAAGUCUCUCGCUAAACAGCAACCUUCUUUGAUAUUAACAGACGAAACUUGUGAUUAUGACACGGAGGUACGCUGCCCAGAAGAAGAUGAAAUUGAUCGCGAGGUAGAGCAAUUUCGUCUUUUGCUAGAAAAAAUCAAUUCGGAGAGCGUGUUGCGAUCUCGAAAGAAGUUGGUGCUGCCCCCUGGUUCAUUCGCUCACCUAAAUUCGAUGAAUGUCGUGUGA